CGGAAGCCCGGCUGUAUUCAAACGCUAUCGUCACUGAACGAGGAAGAGACAAGCAAUGGAAGCUGCCGUAACGAAGGUCCAGCCCGCAAACAGCGUUCAAACGGAAAACAAGGAAAACGGCGCUCCAGUAAAGACGAGCAGGUCACGAUGGGGCUUGGACGACUUCGACAUAGGCAAGCCUCUUGGUAGAGGAAAGUUUGGUAAAGUAUACUUGGCUAGAGAAAAGAAGACCAAGUACAUUGUAGCACUAAAAGUCUUAUACAAGAAUCAGUUGGUAGAGUCUCAAGUUGAGCAUCAGCUUAGGCGUGAAAUUGAGAUCCAGUCUCAUCUCAGACACCCAAAUAUUCUUCGACUCUACGGCUACUUUUAUGACGCUGAUCGUGUGUAUUUGAUACUGGAGUACGCUCCAAAGGGAGAGAUGUACAAGACACUGUGCAAACAGAAAUUCUUUGAUGAGAAACGUGCAGCAACAUAUAUGACACAGAUGACAAGUGCAUUGUUGUACUGUCAUUCGAAGAAAGUAAUUCACAGGGACAUCAAACCCGAGAACAUACUACUAGGCUUACAUGGCGACAUCAAAAUAGCCGACUUUGGUUGGUCAGUUCAUUCUCUUUCAUCAAGGAGAACUACAAUGUGUGGCACAUUGGACUACCUUCCACCUGAGAUGGUAGAGGGAAGGAUUCACGACGAAAAGGUUGAUUUGUGGAGUCUUGGCGUGUUGUGCUAUGAAUUUCUCGUUGGUAAACCACCAUUUGAAGCUCCGACUCACAGUGAAACAUAUCGAAGAAUUGUCAAGGUCGAUUUACGAUUUCCACCGACAAUGUCAGAUGGUGCAAAGGAUUUCAUCAGAAAGCUACUUCGUCACAAUCCCAUCGAUCGGAUGCUGCUAGAUAGCUGCAUCAAGCACUACUGGGUCGAAUCAAACGCAGAUCCCGCGACACUAAAACAAGCCCAAGAUAUCAUAGCGACCGUAACGGCAGGACAAGCUAGAGCAGCAGCAGCACAAGCAACAGCAACAGAGACGUCCCACAAAAGUGGCGACCACCAAAUACCAAAGCCAAAAGCCGUUCUAAAGCCAAUCCAGAUGCAGACGUCUGAUAGUGAGCAUCGUGAUCACAUGAAGGGGCAAGCGACGGCUAAGGGGCAAGUGACGGCUAUUUGAUCUAUGCAAUAGCAUGCACAUGGCCACAUAGAAUUAGUUACACUUUUUCAAUAGACUAGUCGGUAUUGUGUAGUUUGAAUCGUUUUAUUGUUCAUCUGUUAUGAUAAUACGUACUCGUUCUUGAUAGAAUCACUUCGGUUGUUGAUGAUUGACAUUAGGCUUCUUUAUCCAUCCAAUUUGUCUGAGAUAGUGUACAA